GAAGAACACACACACACACACACCCUGGGAUUAGAUGAAAAGCAUCAAACCUCCAUUUGACAGACAGGGAAGUUCCAACAUGCUGGAGAGUGUGAGGACGACAGGGGGACAAAGCCAAAGACUGACGGACACAGUGAAGCCAGUGGACGACGACGACAGCAGCAGCAGCAGCAGCAGCAGGAGGUGGUGCUGCAGCUCCCGACGUCGCAGUUUUUUAUUUGUUCUGGUGUUUUCGGGCGUCGUUUUCAUCAUUUACUACACCAACAUCAUGGGAAUGGCGAUGGACUGGAACCCUGAUUGGUGGCUGCAACAUCCGGCAAACUCCACCACUCACAGGUGGUUGGUUCCUUCAGAGACGCUGAACAUGGACGAGGCUUUAGCCGAAAUGCUAAAUUCCAGCAUCACAACCACCAGCAGAACCAGUGCUACCACGAGCACCGUCAACAGCAACAGCAACAGCAACAACAACAACAGCAGCAGCAGCAGCAGCAGCAGCAGCGUCAGUGUCACUGUCCCCGCUGAGACCAACCAAUCCAACAAUGACUCAGUGCCAACAACCCCGCCUCCUUAUGUGUCUCCAGGUCCAUAUUUGGUGGAAUAUCCCUACCAGUAUCACUUCAUCAUGAAUGAGCCGCAGAAAUGUGCAGAGCAGAAGCCUUUCGUGGUUCUGAUGGUCCCUGUGGCGCCACAGAACAGGGCCGAUCGAGACGUCGUCCGUAAAACAUGGGGAAGUGAAAGUGUGGUACUGGACAAAGUGGUGACGGUGAUCUUCCAGCUGGGGCUGUACACUGGAGAGGGAGGCGAGCAGCUCCGAGAACAGCUGCUGCAGGAGAGCAAAGAGCACCGGGACCUGAUCCAGAGCGACUUCGUGGACUGCUACAAGAACCUGACCAUCAAGACCAUGGUGAUGAUGGAGUGGCUGGACGCCUACUGCUCCAACGCCUCGUACGCCAUGAAGAUCGAUUCGGACAUGUUCCUGAAUGUUCCCAGACUCGUCACGAUGUUGUCCAACGCUCCAAAAUCAAACUACAUGACGGGACUUGUGGCGAACGGUGGUCAAGUUCUUAGAGAUCCAAAUUCAAAAUGGUUCCUUCCCCACGAGGUUUUCCCAAGGUCAUAUUACCCGCGCUAUGCUCUGGGUCUUGGCUACGUCCUCACUUUGGACCUCCCGAAAAAGCUGCUGGAGGGAGCCAAACAUGUCAAAGCGGUCUACAUUGAAGACGUGUAUUUGGGCUUGUGCAUGGAGCACCUGGGCAUCAACCCCACUGACCCCCCAGACUGGAACUAUUUUCACGUCUUUGCUGUUCCGUACAAUCGCUGCACUUUCUCCAAAAUAGUCGCCACAACAACGUUUGCCGACGCCGAUCGCGUGGCGAUGUGGGCCGACUUUACAAAGCCGGGUCCGUACUGCUGACGCGUGAGAGCUGGACGCGGUGAAGACGUCGGCUCAAAGCUUCUCAGGUCUGUUUACCGAACUCUUCCACCCACACAACAGUUUGUAAUAGAUCUGCCUCCAGCUCAGGGCAUUGUUUGAAGGAGCGUUGUUUUAAAUCCAGUAUUUUUACAGCACAGAAAGGAAAGGGCUACAAUAAAAUAUGUAUUUAUGACGAAUAUAAAGCUGCAGUUUUUUUAGUUUUCAAGAACCUCUGCGUUGGCAGAUUGUUGUGCUGUGCGGCCACGGCGGCACACGGAGCCUCAGGUUAGCCAGCACCUCCCGUUGACGAUGAAGGACACUGUACAGUAGAAUUGGUUGAUAGUUAAGACGACGGUUGUGGCGGCAGCCGGAGACGCAGAAGGAAAUGAAGCUUUAUGUGAUGAACUAAUGUGACCGUGACUACAGAGAGAUGCGUUCUAAUGUAUGUAAAGUGUACAGUAAGUCUCUCCAUGAUGUAUACAUUUCAGAGGUGGUUCUACAGGGGAUGUUUAAUAAAUGGGUCUGUCAAACACA